AUGUUGUCCUUUCACCUUGUAGCUGCCAUUGAGAAGGAUCUGUGGGCGACUGGAACUGUCAAUGAGAAGUAUCUAAAGGCUCUGAAUGCACUCUUCGGCAAUUUUCCACGUUUACGAGCCACCGAGCCUGCAACACGUAGUAUUCCUCAUCUGGUUACCUCCCUAAAGACGGGUUCUGAGGCAACUCAAGAAGCUGCUCUAGAUGCACUUUUCCUGCUACGGCAAGCCUGGUCAGCAUGCCCAGCUGAAGUUUCAAGAGCUCAAUUGGUGGCCGCGGCAGAUGCAAUUCCCUUGUUGCAAUACUUGAUUCAAUCUGGCCCGCCUAGGUUCCAGGAAAAGACUGAAUUUCUGUUGCAGUGUUUGCCAGGGACACUGGAAGUCAUAAUCAAGAGUGGGAAUAAUAUGAAGCAGUCUGUUGGCAACCCUAGUGUUUGCUGCAAGCUCACUCUUGGCAACACACCACCCAGGCAAACUAUUGUUAGCUGGAUAUACUAA